AUGGUGAAGCUGAGAGAGCUUGAGUUCUGUCAGGGAACAGUGAAGGCACGGUUUUGGGGAGAAAAAUCGCACCAUGUAUUGAUUUCUUCUCCAGAUGUGUAUGCUGAGAAUCGACCAGCUAAACACUAUGUGAGUAAUGUUGGUUCGAUCCCCAUAAUCUAUGAUGGUUUGAAUCAAAAUCACAUCUCAACUGGCACUGGCACUUCCCCAGUAGUUGAACCAAUACUCACAUUAGAAGAUGCCUGA